UUGUGCAGCUGUAAAUUGCUUUUCCAUCCGCAUCAAUACAUCGUGAAUAUCAUGCGAAAUCCUCGUGAAACUCAUCUUAUGGCUUGCAAUCGUUCUGCAGUGAAGAAGAUUGCUCAUGAGAAACGCAUGAUAGGUCAUCAGAUACCAAGCAUGCUGUUGGCAGCAGCGCUUCUUUGUCUGGUCUUUCCCAAUGCUGUCAAAUGUGAUAUUGGUUGGCCAACUCACUACACCAGCGAGUAUCCAACGAAUGCCUGGCAGUCUCCCACAGAGGAUCUUUGCUGGACUCAGUACAUGAACAGCGUGAAUGGCAGUGCUGUGAAUAUGGAACGAGAACAAUUUGAGGCUAUUGCUUUCUUUAAAGCCUUUUGUCGUUAUCCAAGAGCAAGUGAAUGCAGGGAAGUUGACGGUGAAAUAGUUCUUAAUGAAACAAAUCCAACCGUUCAUCCAAUGACUUACGCCUAUUGUCAGAAAGAUGGAUUAGCAUUCAGUUACAGUGAUCAUGACUACGAAGUUCGCUUUCUCUGUCCUUGCCAAAAGUGUGAGGGGAAAGUGGUCAUCGAUCUUGAUCUGGGAUAUCGACAACUGAUUUCAUUGACUAUGAAGGAAUUUGAUAAAUGUUUUUGGGAGAUUCAGACACCUCUUGGAAUGCUGAUGCAGUUAUCUUUUCUAUCAUCUGAUGACCAAAAACUCACUGGAAAUCUCAAACUGUGGUUUUUGCAAUAUAAUUCAGACGGUGCUAUUGUUUCUAGCUCAUUUCAAUGGUGGUCUCAAGGCGACCCAUACUUUCUGUAUGAAAAUACUAAUGCGACGUUAGUAAUACAAGUACCAGCUGCUAACUUGUCAAUCGUGACCCUCAAAUGUGAAUUCUUUUCGGCAAUUGUGCCAUUCUCACCAUGUGACUUUGACAAAGACGAGUGUGGCUGGGAUAUAUCUGACACAGUCUGGCAAAGAUUGGAAUGCUAUGAUUCUAAGUUAGGAUACAAAGGAACUUUGGACAGGACAGUCACUGGACAGCUAUGUCAGAACUGGAAAUCUCAAUACGCCCGCAAACACAGAAAGUUUAAUUUGGAUAAGUUUUUUGAGCUGGGGGACCAUAGGUUCUGUCGCAAUCCUGGCAACAUGAAGCCACAGCCAUGGUGUUACAUAGACUCUAAACAGAAGCGAGAGGAGUGUUCUGUCUUGCCAUGCAGUGACAACAAACCGUUACAAAAAAAUUGUUCGUCUGGAUCUCAAACUGAAACGAAUGGGUAUGUUCUAUCUCCAAGUGGACUUCCUAAUAAUUUUGCGGGCUAUAGCAUUACAAGCCCUGUUUAUCAGAAGAUGCAUUCCAAAUGUUUGGUGUUUCAGUACAGAACAAGUGUUCCAGGCCAAUUUGCUCAAGUAAUUUUAACUGCUCAAAUUGUGUCACUUGGUGGACAAGGCAACAUCAUUAAACGGAAUUUUUAUAAUGCAAGACGUUAUCAAUGGCAUAAGGCAAUCAUGAAAAUUGAUGACAAUGUACCGUUCUACAUUCAGCUGAUUGUUCAACCAAGACCAAAGAUGUUUUCUGGAGAAGUUGCCAUUGAUAACAUUGACACGGUUUCUUGUGUGCAAGACAUUUCUAAAGACAUUUGUUGGAACAAGAGAGGCUACAAGAUGUGUCCGACUACAUUUGGAGGCCCAGGACAAUGGAUAGACAAGCAGUUCACGAAGACUAUUACAACUCCACAGCCACUUCGACCAAUGAGGUUUGAUGUGAUUGGGUGCCGAAAACCCACUUCCAUGUUGAAUUUGCCUUUUGACCCACUCGACUACUAUGAUGGGCUUUUCUAUCGAUGGCCUCCAGAGCGAGGCAGUGCUUCGUAUUACUGUUCAGUUGCAGCUCGAACUCUUGGUUACCCAGUCUUUAUUGUUGGAUCUGACAAUCGCUGCUAUGCAGCAAAUAGUAUUGAGUCUGUGUUUGCUGCAACAACAGAUGUUCCUUGCCCAGAUAACAAGUACUUGUCAUUUUGGGUUUAUCGUCCUUACCAGUGGCCUGAAAGUUACAACAAUAGCUUCUUUAUGGUUUAUCAAUUUGUGCAUCAAUGGAAUGUCACUUACAAUACUAUUCGUUAUCAAACAGUUCACUACAAGUCUUUCUUGUGGAAUGACAAUCUCUGCAACACUGAUGGGAACCGUCCAUACAUUGCAUUCACACUCUGGCGUAAAGGCAUUCAAACACAACACUGUGUUUCAUUUGACUACGAGACAUCUUACUACCAACCAUAUGCUGAGAUAAUUAUUAUGUCUGAUAAUGAGAAGAAACGAGUCAAACGAUAUACGGCAUGGAAAGCACCUCCAAUGAGUAGAGGUUGGAGAUCUGCUGCCUUUGCUCUGCCUGUGGAGAGAAGAGAUAUUGUGGCUUUGGAAAUUCGAAUUGUGUUACGCUCUAAGCUCUCGCUUAGAGAAUACACCAAUAUUGCAAACCUUACUGUUAUUCCAUGUUCUAGAGGCCAGUACAUGUUUUGCUCUUUGUAA